AUCUCUGCUUCUUUCUACUUUUUCCUGGCCACUGCUAUUAAGAACCAAAAUGUCGAACAGUCAGCUAUACACAGGUGCUCUAGUUUUACUUGUCAUCUAUCUAGUGAUUAGUCCUAUCAUUAGAGCGUUGAUGACACCGCUUCGCAGCGUGCCUGGUCCGUUUCUCGCACGUUUCACGCGUCUCUGGGAAUUACGUGCGGUGCGUAAACACGAUUUUGCAACCUAUAAUAUAGCCCUACAUGAGGAAUACGGACCUGUUGUUAGACUUGCGCCGAAUCGAUACAGCGUCAACGACACUGGAGCUUCUAGGGUCCUUCUAGGCUAUCACAACGCCCUAGACAAGUCGAAUUACUACACUCCAUUUGGAGAUCCGUCCCAGGGCAAUUUGUUUAGCGAAGUUAAUGUUCAGAUCCAUGCCAACAUUAGACGCCCAAUCAGUCAAUUGUAUUCAAACAACAAUUUGCUCUCGUAUGAGCCGUUCGUAAACGCAUGCAACAGUAUUUUACUUAGAAGACUAAAAGAAUACUCGGGCAGUGGAAAACAACUUAAUGUACGACAUUUAAUGCAAUACUAUGCAUUUGAUGUGAUUGGAGAGAUCACCUUAGGUUCGAGGUUUGGAUUUAUGGAAGAAGAUGGCGACAAGGCAGGUCUCAUUACUGCUAUUGACGAAGGGCUCGAUUACGGCGCCAAAGUUGGGCUUAUUCCUGAGGUGCACUGGGCCUUAUGCAAGGCGGCCGAAUAUCUGGGUAUAAAGUCGCCCUUCAUGAAGGUCAUGGAUUUCAUCCUUUUACAGAUUCAGAACCGUGUCUCGGGGCAGACUAUAUCUCCAAAAGAUCGCCAGGACUUCCUUGACAAGCUGCUGCCGCUUGAAAAAAAUGGCAAAGCUACUCGACUCGACACAAUAAACGCUUGCGGAAGCAAUAUUGGAGCAGGCUCAGAUACGACGGCCAUCUCGUUGACCGCCACCAUCGCCUACCUAUCCAUGCAUCCAGACGUACUCGCUAAGUUACGGGAAGAACUCGACGAUGCUGUAAACAGAGGCGCAGCAUCGGACCCAAUUACGUUCAAGGAGUCUCAAAAGCUACCCUAUCUUCGUGCAGUAAUUCAGGAAACACUUCGCAUGCAUCCUGCGGUUGGCGCACCCUUGACACGUAUUAUCGGCAUCGGCGGUGCAAAUCUUGCAGGGCGUUAUUUUCCUGCUGGUACUGAAGUCGGCGUCAACCCAUGGGUUAUCCAUAACAAUAAAGAGAUUUUUGGUCCAGAUGCUUCUAAAUUCAGACCGGAGCGUUGGUUAGUGCAGGACGCUGAGAAGCGUGCAGUGAUGGACCGGAACUUCCUUACAUUUGGUGCUGGAUCGCGGACAUGUAUUGGUAAGAACAUCAGCUUGUUAGAGAUGUACAAAGUCAUCCCGCAGAUCGUAAAAAAGUUUGAUUUUCAAGUGGUGGCAGAUAGUAAGCAUGGAGAGGGAUACAUGUGGAAGACAUUAUUCUUCGCGAAGCAGACUUUAUACUGUAUUGUCAAAGAAAGAGCGUGUGUAUAG